UCUCUGAUUUCCUCCAACUGGAGCCAAAUGCAGAAUGAGAGAAAUCAGAAUACUGGAGUCACUUUCACACUUUUAGGCUUCUCAGAAUAUCCAGACAUCCAACUGCUGCUUUUUCUGGUGUUCUUGACCAUCUAUAUAGUUUCUGUGUUGGAAAACCUAGAUAUGAUUUUGAUCAUCAGGAUUAAUUGCAAACUGCACACUCCUAUGUACUUUUUCCUCAGCCACUUAUCCUUUGUUGAUUUUUGUUACACUUCUGUAAUUGCACCAAAUCUAUUAAACCUUUUGCUUGUGGAAGACAAAACUAUCUCCUUCAAAGGUUGCAUGCCACAAUAUUUCUUUGGAUGCACAUCUGUGAUUACAGAGAUGUUUAUGUUAGCAGUGAUGGCCUAUGACUGCUUUGUGGCUGUGUGUAACCCCUUGCUCUAUACAACUGCUGUGUCUCAUAAGCUGUGUGCUUUUCUGGUGGCCUUAACUUACAUAUGGGCUGGAAUCUUUUCCUCAACACUCACAUAUAUUCUUUGGCAACUGUCCUACUGUGGCUCUAACAUUACAAACCACUUCUGCUGUGAGUACUCUGCCCUGCUCUCUGUAUCCUACUCUGAUACUUCCUUCAGCCAGAUGGCAUGUUUAGUCAUUUCUAUGUUUAAUGAAGCUUGCUGCCUCCUGAUCAUUAUGACUUCCUAUGUCUUCAUAGUUGUCACUGUCAUCAAGAUUCCUUCUAAGGGUGGACUCCAAAAAGCCUUUUCUACCUGUGCCUCUCACCUGACUGCCAUCUGCAUCUGCCAUGGGAUAGUCCUUGUCCUCUACUGUGUGCUUAAAUCUAAAAGCUCAUUGUUCCUGGUCAAAGUAGCUACUGUGUUUCACAGCAUGGUGAUUCCUAUGUUAAAUCCCCUUAUUUAUAGUCUCAGAAAUAAAGAUGUGAAAGAGACCAUCAGGAAGUUAAUCUACAUAAAACUUAUUUAUAUUUUCACUCAACAUAGUUAA